AAAUUCCAAAAUUAAAAAUCCCACCUUUCUAGCAAGGAACGGCUCACAAUUUAUCUUUAUCCCAUUUUUUUAAUUUCAAUUUCCCUCCCAUAAAAUAUAAAAGAGACCACAAAGCUUUUGUUUUGUAUCCAUCCAUUAAACGUCAAUCGGAAAACGCAGGAAUACCCAUAUUUUCCCAAUCCUUUUUUUGUUUUAUUUUUGGGUUAUGUGGCCAUGAGUUCACUACAAUGACGCAAACCCGAUAUUAUCGGACUCGGAGCCCCGAACCCGAAAAGGAAAAGACCGGAGGGGGAGGAGGAACCGCCAUGAGAGUGAUAGUUCCUCUACAAGGCGUUGUUCAAGGAAGGGGAGGUUUAGUUUUAGGCUCCAUUAUCCCUUGCGCGCUCUUUUACUUUCUACAAUUCUAUUUGAAGCGAAACCGUGAUGACCCGGAUGACAAGAACGAAUCCAAUUCCACGGGUCAAAACCCAACGACCCGUUCGCCGUCGUCCGAGCACCUGACUGAGCUUCCUGGUUUGACACGUAGUCUGUCUCGGGCGUUGCUAUCGCCCAGAAAUAGUGGGCCUGUCUCGAUUUCGGCUCGUGUUAGUGGGAUUGUGAAGGGUGGGGAUUCACCAUAUUAUAUGGGGUUGAAGCGGGUCAAAGAAGAUCCUUACGAUGAAUUGGAUAAUCCGAAUGGGGUCAUCCAACUGGGUUUAGCAGAAAACAAGUUGUCCCUGGAUUUGGUCAAGGACUGGCUAGCUGAGAAUGCGAGAGAAGCCAUAUUGGGAAAUGGAAAAGAGCUGAGCAUUAGCGGUAUUGCACCUUACCAGCCUUUUGAUGGAUUGAUGGAGUUCAAAGUGGCUGUGGCAGGAUUCAUGUCUCAAGUCAUGGAGAAUGCUGUUUCCUUCAAUCCUUCACAGAUAGUGCCGACUGCUGGUGCUACCCCUGCGAUUGAGAUUCUUAGUUUCUGCUUGGCAGAUACUGGAAAUGCAUUUCUUGUUCCAACACCAUAUUACCCUGGUUUUGACAGGGAUGUAAAAUGGCGAACUGGGGUUGAAAUAAUACAUGUUCCUUGCCGAAGUGCUGACAACUUCCAUUUAAGUAUAGCUGCUCUCGAUAGAUCAUUCAACCAAGCAAAGAAACGCGGGCUGAAAGUGCGUGGGGUUAUAAUAUCAAACCCAUCAAAUCCGGUUGGCAAUCUUCUAAACCGGGAAACACUUUACAGCCUGCUAGACUUUGCCAGAGAGAAGAACAUCCAUAUCAUCUCCAAUGAAAUACUGGCUGGUUCUACUCAUGGAAACGAAGAAUUCGUGAGCAUGGCAGAAAUCGUCGCCCAGGAAGAUACUGACAGGAAAAGAGUCCAUAUAGUAUACGGUUUGUCAAAAGAUCUCUCUCUUCCAGGUUUCCGGGUUGGUGUUAUCUACACUUUUAAUGAGGAUGUUCUGGCUGCUGCUAGAAAGUUAUCGAGGUUCUCAGCCACCUCAGCUCCAACCCAACGUUUGCUCAUCUCCAUGCUAUCUGAUACAAAAUUUGUUCGGACAUUCAUUACCACAAACUGGGAGAGGCUUCAAAGGAUGUAUGUGCAGCUUGUGGCAGGGUUGGAAAAAAUGGGCAUAAAGUCCAUAAAAAGCAGUGGGGGUUUCUACUGUUGGGCUGAUAUGAGCGGGUUUAUCAGCUCUUACAGUGAGAAAGGAGAAGUGGAGCUGUGGGAUAAGUUAUUGAAUAUAGGCAAGGUCAAUGUAACUCCAGGAUCUUGUUGCCAUUGUAUUGAACCUGGAUGGUUCCGCUUCUGUUUUGCUACAUUGACAGAAAAAGAUAUCCCUGUAGUUAUGGAACGGAUUCAGAAAGUUUUGAAGCCUGUAAAUUGAAUAGUUGUAAUGCUGUUGAUUUAUUCUAUGGUUUUGGACAA